AGGGCAGGCCGCGCCGGGCCAGCGCGCCAGGCUCGGCCAGACUGUCCUGCUUCGCUCCAGCAGCCAGGAAAGCCAGCGGCCCUGCCGCCCCGCCCCCGCCUAGGGGAGCGCGCCCCUUGGCUCUUCACUCCACGCCAGCGGCCCUGCUCGCAGCACACCGCCCGCCCAGAAGUCCACCCCGGCUUGCGACCCUCACCUUCAGCGCUGUGGCUGACCUCACUCCUCCACCACCCAAAAGCUGCCCCUUUGCCCCUCUCCAGUCCAUCAAAAUAGCGCCCUCCCCCCGAUAGGAAUUUAUCUCUGCUCUGUCUUUAGCUUCUUCCUCCGAUCUCCAGAAGAAAGCGACUAGCAUCGUCUCCUUACACUCUCUGACCUCACAGGGUUUGCUCCUUAGGCCGAGAUCUUUUGGAGGGACCGAAGUUUAUGUCCAGUUCUCUACCCCUCUCCACCCACCGUCUCCUUCCAUUCAGUCUCUUGGCUGAGAUCCCCAUCUGACUCUUCACACAUGUCCACUUGGAAGGGCGAUUUUGUUUCUCUCCUAACCGUCACCUACCUGUAGUCCUUCCCUUCUCCUCCCCGCCCCCUUCUUCCUCUCACUGUCUCCUCUUCUCCCUCUCCUUUUCCCUCCUCAGAACCGUUUGUUUCCUAGCACUUUUUCGGUUUCUGACAGGACCUUUUUAGGUAACCCUAAGUGAGGCAACAUACUUGUUUCUCUAAUUCUGUGAAAGGGCUACCCGUCUGUGUGCCUGCCUCCACAGGAAAACGUAGGGGUUUUUGUUUUUUUGCACUAAACUAUCCUUCUUUAAAUUGUUCUUUGCUUCACUCUACUGUAUCUUUUUUUCCUUCAUUUUGUUACAUUGCCUCAAUAUGUAUUAUUCUUAGAGGAGAAAUCUUCUUAUGUGGGACUCCUAUAGAGUAUGCAGUAUGUCCACAUACACUUGACCUGUAAUUAGACUACACAAUUGAGAGACCCUCCUGAACCUUAUGUCUUUGGGCUGGCAAUACAAUGUCUUCAUUGUUUUCCCACAUCUUUUUAUUGUUUUCUUGAGGUUUUGUACAAGUUCUGAAGUCAUUUGGUAAAAUGUCACAUAUCAAGAGGAGGCCAAAUAGAGGGAUUUUUCCCAUGGACUUACACAGCAUGUAUUUUCUUAGUUUGAAUAUGUUUCUGUUUAUCUUUCAGAAUGAUCCCCCCCUUUUCCUAUGCUUAAAUGACUUAUUUGAUUAAAUGAGCCAUCUUUCUUGUCCGCUUUUUGUGUCUUCUUUAUCUUCAUUUGCCUAUAGAUGGGAUUCUGAUGACACAGUGGGAGCUGUAACUGAUUGCUGUUGCUUACAUCUGGUGCCUUGUGUAUGGGCAAUAUCAUCCAUUUCUUAAGCAUGGUCUAUAAAUGAGGUGGAUAUAAAACAGCUACCGAAAAACUCCUGCGUGUUUCUUUAGGUCCUGUUCAGGUUUAAGGACUUAGAAGGUGUUGCUGCUGGGAGAGAGGCAGAUGGGGAUGAAGUGACUUUCACAAAGUGUAUUGCAAACCUCAGAAUGGAGGAUGAGCUCUCUUUAACUCCAGGUUGAACAGAACCCAUCUCACAAAGUGAUUUCAAGGCCAGAGAAUGGCAGGUGAACAGAAACCCUCAAGUAACCUUCUGGAACAGUUUAUUUUACUAGCCAAAGGGACCAGUGGAUCAGCCCUCACUGCUCUUAUAAGCCAGGUAUUGGAGGCUCCUGGAGUAUAUGUCUUUGGAGAACUGCUAGAGCUGGCCAAUGUGCAGGAGCUUGCAGAAGGAGCUAAUGCUGCUUAUUUGCAGUUACUAAACCUGUUUGCCUAUGGAACAUACCCAGAUUACAUAGCCAACAAGGAAAGCCUGCCAGAACUGAGCACAGCUCAGCAGAACAAGCUGAAACAUCUUACCAUCGUGAGCUUGGCAUCGCGAAUGAAGUGUAUCCCCUACUCCGUGCUGCUGAAGGACCUGGAGAUGCGGAAUCUCCGGGAACUAGAAGACCUCAUCAUUGAGGCUGUCUACACUGACAUCAUCCAGGGCAAGCUGGACCAGCGAAACCAGCUGCUAGAAGUGGAUUUCUGCAUUGGCCGUGACAUCCGAAAGAAAGAUAUCAAUAAUAUUGUCAAGACCUUGCAUGAAUGGUGUGAUGGCUGCGAAGCAGUUCUGCUGGGCAUCGAGCAGCAAGUUCUGAGAGCCAACCAGUACAAAGAGAACCACAACCGAACUCAGCAGCAGGUAGAGGCAGAGGUUACCAACAUCAAGAAGACACUCAAAGCCACGGCAUCCUCCUCAGCUCAGGAGAUGGAGCAGCAGCUGGCUGAACGGGAGUGUCCUCCUCAUGCUGAGCAGAGGCAGCCCACCAAGAAGAUGUCCAAAGUGAAAGGUCUGGUCUCUAGCCGCCACUAGGGCCGGCUGGGGCAGCUGGUACUCACCAGGCCUGGGUCAGGUGGGGAGGGGACACCAAGGGCCUAUUUCCUCCCCUCUCUACCUGCAGUGAGUUCCAGACCUGCCCACCCCCUCACCAGCACCUCCCACCCUGUUGGUACUGUUCCAGAAAAACUGUUACUCCUCUCCCUCACCUACUUCCUCCUUCCCCAGUUGUUCCCUUCAGACUCAGGGGCUCCACUGAUGCCAUCCUAACAGGGUCAGACACUGCCCAGCUUCCCUUCAGGAGGUUCUUGUCUCUGUGUAAGGGCUUGUCUCCCUCCCAGUUUUUCUUUUGCUCCAUGUCAUUUUGUCAGGCUGGUCAUAAGCCAGAGGUAGCUUUAACCAGCCCCCAGGGAUGACUGUGGAGGAGACCCUUCCCUAAGUAAGGAGGGGGUAUUCUUUCUCCAGCCCCACGUACCACAGUACCCAAUGGUGCAGGCCAUCUCUAGCCAGGUUUCAAAAUGCUUCAUUUCCCCUCUCCUGCCUUAUCCCUUGUUGGCAGCUCCAAUUCAGGCCAUGGAGGGAUGUGAUGCUGGGCUGUGUUUACUAAACCUGCGGGUUUUCAGCCUCUUAUGCCCAGCACUGAUCUCUCAUUAGUUGGGAGCACUGGGUUGACUAACCUCUGGUAUCUGAGCAAAAUGGGGGGUGCUGUGGGUCUGCUGGGUGGCAGAAGUUGUUUCCUUCAGCUUGUGUUCUCUGCUAGCUGCUCUUCCUGCUGCCUUUGACUACUCAGCCUUGUUUUUGGUGUGUAGGCCCCAGCUCCCCACUGGGGCUGUCUGCCAACACUUGCUCUCCCAAGACCUUUAAUUCCUCCCGGCUGCACCUGGGGUGGCGAUGGUGGUGCCGAGGCCCCUGUCUGGUGAAGGACCUGUUGCUGCUUCUGUUUCUUUCUUUCCAUCCCUCCUUGGCUGAUGCCCCAGAGCCCCCUGAUGAUGGCAUUCUCCUGGCAAGAGAAAAGGACUUAACUAGACUUUCUGAACUUGAACAGUUUCAGGUUAUAUUUUAAUUUUUUUUUUUUGUACAGGUUCUGAUUCUAAUACAUUUCAACAUGCUUUUUCCCCCUCGUGUCAAUAUUUGUUAUAGACUCAUUGCCGGGGACUUUUCACCUGGUUGGAGGGUGGCAUGUGUGUAUGUGUGUGUGUUUUGUUUUGUUUCUUUAAGGGGAGGUGGAGGUCCUGGACUGAUAUUAAAGUUCAUUGAGGAAAAAGCACAUUUUAGAACAAAAAAAUAAAAGUGUAGAUUUAAUGUAUGUGACUGUGGAGCAUGGGGUGGCAUAGCUGGUGGAUCUUGAGGGGCUGGGAUUAGGGUGGUUCAGGGAAAUGUGAUGCUAUUUCAGUACCAUGGUUAAAAAAUGGAAUUUUUCUUUUUCUAAAAUGUCCAGCAACUGCCUACUGUUGAUUGAAUGUUAAAGUAUUCUUGUUUCCCUUUUAAGCUGGUCCAUGUGCCCAAAUAACAUUAUGCCCAACUGGAGAGUUAAGUUUAAUUCCCAAAGUAUGUUUCAUGAAACCCCCUGUCAGAAACUCUGUGGAAAAGGGGUUCGGUUACAUUAAAUAAAUUUGGCACUCCCUGCA